UGAGAUUGCAAUUUACAGUCCCCAUUCUGUUCUUGAUAUUACUCUCUCUAAACGGGAUUGGAUUUGGUUUCUCUCUAUGUAAGCAGCCUCACUUGUGGAAAUAAAUCUUUGGAUUCAGCUUUGAUGGAGGAUUCGCAGAGUAGAGGGGCAGUGUGUGUGUUGGAUUUGGCUUCGAGAAGGGCUGAAGAAGCAGCUUUGAGGAGAUAUCAAGCAGUACAUUGGCUUGAUUACCUGGUGGGAUCACUGGGAAUACCGAGCCAGCCAUCCGAGAAACAGUUCAUCUCUUGUUUGAGGAAUGGGCUAGUCCUUUGCAAUAUAAUCAACAAAGUUCAACCUGGUUCAGUUUCUAAGGUGAUAGAGAAAACUACACCUUUACAGUCGUUACCAUGGGAUUCCCAGCCUUUGCCAGCAUAUCAGUACUUUGAGAAUAUUCGGAAUUUUUUAGUUGCUGUUGAAGAACUGAAGCUUCCCAUAUUUGAUGCUUCUGUUUUUGAAAGGGAAAAUUUGGUUGAAGGGUCGUCUACUAAGGUUGUUGACUGUAUUUUGGCACUAAAAGAUUACCAUGAAUGGAAGCAAAUGACAGGAGGCUUCGGAGUUUAUAAACCACCCAGAUCACCGCUAAUUUUAAAUUCAGCUGGUAGAAUUUGUCCUAGAACUCCAAGUGUAGUUUCUUCCAACAGUUCCAGGCGAUUAGACAUGACAGGAUGCAGCAACAAACCACUGCCAUCAGAGAGCAAUAUUAGGAAGGUCGAAGAUGCUAUUGUCAAGGUUCUUGCUGAACAUAUGGUUUGCUCAAAGGAGAACAUAGAUAAUAACCUCAUUGCUUCAUAUCGUAGUGGGAAGGUGAAUCCGGUGACUUUCCUCAACGAGAUUAUAUCAAGUUUUGAGGAAGAAUUCAAAAAAAAAUAUCCUGAGGUGAAAUUCAGUAUGGACCAUUUAAGAGAAAGGAGUUGCUCACCGUUGCAUGUCAAGUCAGUUCCGCUUGCUGAUUUGUCAAAUUUGCAAAAUCGUAAGUGUUGCAGAGCUUGCUUAAAGAAGGGUACUUGCAACCACUGGAAUCAAGUUAAGAAGCAAGAGGGCGAACUUUUGAACAUUAAAUCGCUGUUGUCGAGUGCCAAGCAAGAGGCUAAAUGCCUGCAAGCUCAGAUUCAAAGUGAUUUGAAACAACUUGGAGAUCAAGUGCUUGAGAUGUCUUCUGCUGCUCUUGGUUAUCAAAAGGCUGUAGUAGAGAAUCGAAAACUAUAUAAUAUGGUCCAGGAUCUGAAAGGAAAUAUUCGAGUAUAUUGUAGAAUUAGACCUGUAAGUCCUGAAGUCCAAAAUGUUAUUGAUUUCAUUGGAGAAGACGGGUCUCUAGUGGUAAAAGACCCCAAACCCCUAAAAGAUGGAAAGAAAAUUUUCCAAUUUAAUCAUGUCUUUGGUCCAUCAUCCUCUCAAGAUGAGGUUUUCAGAGACACACAAUCUCUGGUUAGAUCUGUAAUGGAUGGUUACAAUGUGUGUAUGUUCGCAUAUGGUCAAACUGGAUCAGGCAAAACACAUACUAUGUAUGGCCCUCCAGGUGGAUCAACGAAGGAGUGGGGAAUCAGUUAUUUGGCUCUGAAUGAUCUCUUUAAGCUUUCUGAUCAAAGAAGUGACCUCACCAAGUACGAAAUUCAAGUCCAGAUGGUUGAGAUUUACAAUGAACAAGUCCAUGAUCUUCUUGCUGAAGAUUCAGGCGUUAAGAAAUUAGAGAUCCGGAGUUGUAUGAGUGAAAACGGCUUGGCCCUUCCUGAUGCUACAUUGCGUCCAGUGAAGUCAACAAUGGAUGUCAUAAACUUGAUGAAGCUUGGUGAUAUGAGACGAUCUAUUGGUUCCACAGCAAUCAACAGUAAAAGUAGUCGUUCACACAGUGUAUUGUCCGUUCAUGUCUCUGGUGCCGAUACUUCUGGAAGCAUGCUUCGGAGCUGCCUCCAUCUGGUAGAUCUGGCUGGCAGCGAACGGGUGGAUAAGUCAGAAGUAACUGGUGAUGGGCUCCGUGAAGCACAGCACAUAAACAAGUCUCUUUCUUGUUUGGUUGAUGUUAUCACAGCCUUGGCUCAGAAAAAUUCACAUAUUCCCUACAGAAACAGCAAGCUCACUUUACUUCUUCAGAAUUCUUUAGGAGGAAAUUCCAAAACCUUGAUGCUUGCUCACGUGAAUCCAGAGGGUGAUUCUUUCGGAGAGACAAUGAGUACAUUGAAAUUCGCACAGAGGGUCUCAACAGUAGAGCUCGGUGCAGCUCGUGCGAAUAAAGAGAGCAGCAGUGAGGUAUUAGAACUCAAAGCUCAGAUAGAAAGCUUAAAAAGAGCAUUGGAUAUUAAGGAAAUUAGGACCCCUCCAAUGAAGAAAGUAACAGAAUCAGCAAGGCCAACAACAGAACGAACGCCCCCACGUGUCAGAAGAUUAAGCAUCGAGAAUGGCUCCAACACAGCACUGGAGAAACCUAUGAAUUAUGAUGACAGAAGGGCGGCUAAAACUCCUUCCGCAAAGCCUAAACAGACGGAGCGAACGCCUCCUCCAAAAAGCAGAAGGUUGAGCAUUGAAAAUGUCACCCCUAAAACAGCAGGGGUAUCUAUGAACUAUGAUGACAGAAGGGCGGCGAAAACGCCUCCCCCAAGGAGCAGAAGGUUAAGCAUUGAAAAUGGCACCACUAUAGCAGCAGGUGCAUCCAAGAAUCAUGAGGAAAAGGGGGCCAAGACUCCUCCUACGAACACUCGUUCACGAAGAUUGAGUCUAGAAGGUCCGAGGAAUAUACAGAAGGAUUCCAACCUCAUAAAAUCACCAAAACCGAUAACCAAGAUCUCAAAGCCAGAAGUGAGAAGUCAGCAAAAUCAUAGCCAGCUUGAUCAAAGGGCGCCUCGUAGCCCAAUAAGUUAUUCUGUGAAAAGCCCGAUGAUCAAGCUUGAUACAGCAAACAUGAGGGUGAUUCCGUCACAUACACCAAAAACACCAGAACCACAGAUAAAAUCAAGGAACGAGAUCCAGAGACCGCUGGCAACUGACUGUGGCCAGACGCCUUCCACAACUCAUGGAAAAGGAUCCCAGAUAAGAAAGUCUCUUCGAACUAUUGGGAAAUUCAUCAAUGGCUCAGAGAAGAGGAAUCAUCAGCAGCAACCAACAAAAUCGAUGACACCAUUCAAAGGGACUGGCACGAUGCAUGAUCCUAAGUCUCCAACAUCAUCUAAUCCAAGGGCCUUGAGGAGGCAGUCAUUGACAAGCAUACAGCCACCAGAAAGAUCUAGACGAUCUUCGAUUGGGGGCAUUCCAACCGAGCCUUAUGGAAAUGAGAGUGUAAAUGCCAAGACACCCCCUCCAGUUGGAGUUUCGGCAAAGUUAACAAAACGCUGGCUAUAAAUUGCAAGGAAAUUUGCUUUGGCUCGAAGCAAACUGGGAGAAGCUGACAAUUUGAUUUCUUGUACAGAAGUUCAAGGUUUGUAGAAUUUUUGAACGGGAAAUCAAGGGAAAAAAUGGAUUCUUGAUUGACACAAAUGUCAUUGUCUAUGAGAUUGACACUAA